AUGAACAGUCUCCGUCUGUUAAUGCUGCUAGUGGCGGUAGCGGUAGUAUCAGGUAGUCCGGCAUCUGAUUAUAGGAUCCCAAUACAUCGCAAGCAUAAACGUGGAGAACGUAAUUUUGCUGUACGGCCCUACAAUGAAGUUGGACGACGGUUGCGGAAUUUUAACCGGAAGCUGAACAAAACAUUUGCGUUUGAGCAAGGCAUGGGAUAUUACUAUCAAUAUGACAUAAUGCUGAAGCCAGAUGUUGAGCAGAAUGCAUUACCCACGAAAGCUACGAAUCGUUGGCCGGACGCUAUUGUACCUUACGAAAUUAUUGGAACUUUUACUCCUAGUGAACUAGCCAACAUACAAAAAACAAUCGCGCAGUAUAAGGCCGAAACAUGCGUACGAUUUGUUCCUCAUACCACGGAAACUAAUUAUAUCAAAAUAAAUAACAGCGAGACUGGAUGUUGGUCUUACGUUGGUAGAAACAUGGACAAUACAUAUAACAUGGUAAACCUGCAGAAUCCGAGCUGUAUGUCGACUGGAACGGUAGCUCAUGAGUUCAUGCACACGCUUGGAUUCUAUCAUGAGUUUACGCGUCCUGACCGUGAUAAUUAUGUAUCAAUCAAUACAUCUGCCUUACUGUCGCAAUAUCAAACAACAUCUUUUUAUAAUGCCAAUUUUGCCAAAUAUUCGGAAAGUCAGGUGGAGCUGUAUGGAAUCCCUUAUUAUUAUGGCAGCGUAAUGCACUAUUCGAAAUGGGGAGGUGCUGCUAGUUAUGCCUAUCCAGUGAUGAAUAAUUUGUUGCCCUGGACUGGAGAUUUCGGCAACGAUACUGGAUUGUCUGCCCCGGAUGUUUUAGCAAUCAAUUACAUGUAUUGCAAUUCAACAACAUCAACAACGACAACCACUACUAAGGCACCAACGACGACGACCACUACUGCAGCACCAACGACGACAACGACGACAACCACAACCACAACAACGACAACUACCGUUAAAACUACUACUACUACUACUACUACUACUACUACUACUACUACUACUACUACUACUACUACUACUACUACUACUACUACUACUACUACUACUACUACUACUACUACUACUACUACUACUACUACUACUACUACUACUACUACUACU